AUGGCUAUGCGGCCAAAUUUCGCAAUUCUUGGUCGAUAUUUUUGUGUUUAUAAUUCACAAAAGUUUGGUAGGAAUGUUAUCCAUUCGAGGUCGUUUUAUUCGUCCAUCUAUCAAGCUACAAGUAAGUUUUAUUUAUAUUUGUUUUGAAAAUAAUUUUAACUUGUACGUAAAUAUGUCAUCAUCAUGACAUCAUAUGAAUUAAUAAAUUCAAUUGUGCAAUUUUAAUGAAGCAAUAUUUUCAUAAUUUCAUGGAUGUGUUUUAGGAGUGCGCCAUACAGAUCACCAAGUUUUUCACUUGGUGGGGCAGGGGGGCGACCGCCCCCCACCUUCACAGAAAAUGACGACUUUUCGGAAAUUUUGACCCAAAAGAGGGCUAAAAACAGCCUUUUCGAGUGCAAAUAGGGGGGUUUGUCGGAAAUUUGAAAGUUUUGUCGGAAAUUUUGGAGGCUUUGCCCCCCACCGGAAAACGUGAAUUUCCGCCAUUGUUUCCUUGACAAGUUUCUUGACGACUUUACUUGCUCGUGUAUAAAGAGAACAAGUUUCUCCAAUUGAUAUUUUUUCUGGGGAGCAUGCCCUGGACCCCCUAGGGUUGUGACUCACAAAUUAUUUUAAAGUUCCCCCCCCCCAAAAAAAAAAAAUCUUGGUGGCACCACUGACUGUUGCUCCCAAAUACCAUCCCAUGAAUGAAAAGAAUGAAUAUUUUGUCACUUGGAAAACAGCUGGUUGACGACCAUCUGCAAUUCUUGCUUGUAAACCCACUUAGAAUUUGUCCAUUCAUCAUUUAGAUAAUAUAAUCAAUAUUUAUGAUGGCCUGGUUGAACAGAAUGUUUUAAGAAACGACGAUCGUCAGCGAUCAGUUAUAAAGAAUCUUCAUCAGUUGAGUGAAGAUAUAAUGAAGCAUAAACCUCGCAAGCCAGGCUUUUUUGAUAAGGUAAUAGUAAAAUCUACACAAUACAACUAGUACGUCGUAUACGAUUCUUAUCCUGACGUACAUACUCAAAUAAAUGUGUGUAAAAUGUGUGUAAUUUUGCCAUAAACUGAUGAACAAGAAUAAUUAGGGACCGGUCAUAAAGUAAAAGCGGGGGGGGGGAAGGGGGCUGGGAAAAUCAUAUAUUUGGUGUCUGCACUUUUGGACUUUAUCUUAAUUUUUCAUACCAAAUUUCGGUACUUAGCCCAAAAAACAGAUAUCUUGUUCUUUGCGCGGAAAUUUUUAACACAAAAAAUGACUGGGGCCCAAUCUUCUGCAUAUUUUUACAUGGCCCACCCUUAUGAUUGUGCUUAACUUUCGAUGAUCCACCCCUUCAACCGUGCUCAAAAAUAGUGACCCACCCCCUAUUUUUCCCAGCUCCCCCCCCUUUUACUUUAUGACUGGUCCAUAGACGGAUUUUGUGGGGGAGGGGGGUGCUACCCCCCAAUAUUAGCUAUAACCCCCCCAAACAAAAUGUCCACCCCUCCAAAAAAAAUUUCAACCCCCCCCAAUAUUCGGCAUAAUAAAAAAUAAUUAAAUAGUCCACUCCAACGUGCAGAGUGUUGAUGAUACAAAAUAAACGUAGGAGUACACUCAAAUAGAAAAAGACGCAAUACUCUGAAACUAUAAUUGCUCCUCGCUUGCAUUCACUGGUUUAUUGGACCAAUUGUAAAGUUUUGAAACUCUAUUAUCUCCCCUGAAUAGAGUUUGCAGUGCCUUGUCAUGCAAAUAGCUUGCUUGCAAAGAACGUUUGGAAAUUUUACGAACAUUAUUUUUAGUUUUAAUUCUUUUAGGAAAUAGUCUUGCCUAGAUUUAAUCUUUACGUCCCAAAUAUUUUUUACAUCGGAGUUGCAUCAUAAAUUGUACUCGGAUUCAAACGACACAAUGUCAAUGAUUUUAUAAAAGUAAAAGCAUAUUGUGUAUUGGCCUAUUGGGUUUACACUUUUACAGCUUCAUUUAACUUUAACUCUCUCAAGUCUCAACAGACAAUCGGACAGGCCAAGUCCAUUGAUAUGACAACUUCAAAAAACGUUUUUUCGAAGCUAGAAAUCAUGAUUUUUUUCAAAUUUUUCCAGGGAUACUUUGUUUUCAGCUCUCUAGACUCCCACUCGCGGCUCUAGUGCUCCACCCCUAGAAUAUAGACCUUACUGGGGUUUGGCGACACUUUGUGUUGCUCAGGGCCUUUUUUAACACACAAGCUGGGAGGGGGGGGGGCAAAUGAGUCCCCCCUUGUGCCCCCCCCCCCACAAAAUCACAUUUUGCCGCCCCCCCAGGAAAAGUCCCUUUUCCCUAAAAUUAUACAAACAAACCAGCGAAGAUUAACAAAUACAUAAACGGAAAGUAAGUUUUAGGCUUCAUCCCUUGUCCUUGUUUAACAAAAUCGAUUUAAAUUGUUACUUUUUUCUAAAUUAUUGUUAAUAAUUUUUUUAUUUUUUGGAUGCUCAGAAUGCAGGAAAUAGCAUUUCCGGGUUUCAAAUUUCAAAAAUUUUCUGGGGAUUAUCCCUCUAAUAAGCCGAUAAAUUACAGUUAAUAUUCUUUUUUACUUUUUGCGCAUUUUUUCCAUCUUUUACUUCAAAUACAAGUAUUGUUAGCAUAAAUUUUAGAGCAAAUUUGGAUGCUCAGAAUGCAGGAAAUGGCAUUUCCAUGCUUCAAAUUUCAAAAAUUUUCUGGGGGAAUACACCCCCACACACCUGACCAUUGUUAUCCUCCUCUAAUAAGUAAUGAUAAAUGAUGGUUAUUUUUUUUUUACUUUUUGUGCGUUUUUUUCUUUAUUUAUUUCAAAUACAAGUAUAGUUAGCAUAAAUUUUGGACCAAAUUUGGAUGCUCAGAAUGCAGGAAGUGACAUUUCCGGGAUUCAAAUUUCAAAAAUUUUCUGGGGGAGUACCCCAGACCCCCCCCCCUAUUCAUGCGUGGUAUAUUGGCCACACACAUGGCCUUCAGCCAUUGCUAUCCCCCUCUAAUAUAUUAUCUCACGGAAAGGUCCCUUUUCAAAAAAUGCCCCCCCCCCAACGGGAAAAUCCUUAAAAAAGGCCCUGGUGUUGCUUCAGUCACCUGCUCGCGGCUCACCCCCCUAAAAUUUCUGGCACCACCCCAGUAAAAAAUAUGAAAAUCCGUCUAUGAUUGCAAAUGCAGGGAAACCUGUUGAUAAAUUUGUAGGAUUCUGACAUUGCUGAGACAAAUGCGUUUGUCCCGAUGUGGAACUGCUUUCCGAAUGAAGGGUGGUAG